UGUAACCUCAUAAGCCGCACCUUGUGCAUAGAUUGUAUUUCGGUGGCAACAGCGCCACCCUCGCGUGACGAACAGUGUUUGCGCUGCUCACGUCGUUGCUCUUGACUACGCAAAGCAACUACGGGGAAGGGGUUCGGGAUAGGGAGAGGGGAAGCUGCAGCCCACCGUACACACAUUUCUAUGGAAACUAGGAAACUGUACGAACGCUUCAAGAACACGGUGACAUUUACUGGUAAUUCUAUGCACAAUACUUAACGCGGAUGAUUCGUGAUUAGGAUGACAAUUACGUGCUUGUCUCAUGCGUCUGAGGCUGGAGGAAAUCUAGGCAAUGAAGUAUGCUCCCUCCUAACAGAAGAUAGCAGCUGAGGUCCAGUCCAGCUGAAAGAAAGAUGUCAUUUGCACCUAGGGCAUCUCUAUCCCCUGCCAAGAUGCAGACCAAGAUGAGUGCUUGGACUCCGCUAAACCACCAGCUGUCAAAUUGCAUUGUGUUUGAAGAGAGACGAAAACUUUUGGGAAAGUGGUUUGACAAGUGGAGUGACAGCCAGAGGAAGGCGGUCCUACAAGAUUUCUUUUCGCUCUGUUCUUUGGGCCAACUGCGGUUCCUCCGUCAGAACCUGACCAAGAGGGUUCCAGAGGAGAACCUAGAUUUCACCUCAGUCCUGCCCAGAGUUCUCUCUCUCUACGUGUUCUCUUUCCUGGAUCCCAGGAGCCUCUGCAGGUGUGCCCAGGUGAGUUGGCACUGGAGAGGAAUAGUUGAGUUGGACCAGAUUUGGAUGCCCAAGUGUCUUAAACUGGGCUGGUACAUCAACUUUGCCCCCACACUGUUUGAACAGGGGGUCUGGAAGAGACAUUAUAUAGAGACGGUAGUAAAGCUGUCUCUGGGCAAACCCAAGACUUGCUCACAGCAGGAGUUCACCGUCCCUGAGGUGAUAUCGGUUAACACCGUCACAUUUGACCAAUCCACACUCCCCGUCCAGCGAGAGAGGGGCAGUACCGGUGCCAUAAUUGGGUCAGGAGGGUCCCAGCUGAAGGAGCUGCCCCCGUGGAGGGGGGCAGACAAACACCCCACUGACACCAUACGAUUUAAUUAUCUACAGAAUCUGGACCCCACAGAGCAUGCCCGCCAAGCAAAAGAGAAGAACAGAGGGAUUGUCAGCAUAGGCAAAACGAAGAGUAAAGAGCUGUCUGCAGCCAAUUAUAAAAUACGCAAGGCAAAGUCACUGAUGUUAUUGUCGUCGGACUUCAGUGCGGGUUUGGUUUCUGGAAAAGGACAGCAGCAGAACCGGUUCCGCCCAGAGUGGGCCACACAGAGCCUGGAGUACCCUGUCACCAAGGCAACAGCCAAGAGCCUGUCGCGGUCGAGCCAAUGGAAUGCCGGGAUACGACCUGGUCCAGUGAGGUCAGCCGUGCCCACACUCAGUCAGGAAGGAGUCAGGGCAUCAACGAGAACACACAGGACGACGCCUACAACACCACUGUUUGAGGGACAGCCUGGAAGGACACCAGCUUCCCACGGUGGAUCAGAUUAGUGAAUCAUAGCGACACCCUGUGGAGACAUUGAGCACUGCAGUUCAGCCAAUGUACAGUAAAACACAUUGCUCCAGCAGAGAUGAUGCACAGAGUCCCCCCUGAGGGAGAUGGGAGUAUUAGGUGGAUUAGAGGUCAUAUUGUGCAUUUAAUGACAGGAUUCAUAUCAAAUAAUUUCGUCCAAGCUCAAUUAUGGCAUGUAUAAUAAUUUAUGGAAAUAGAACAUGUUUGAUCUUGAAAAUGUAUAAAAUAAUUAAAACAAACUCAGG